ACGGCAGCAGCACGUGGAGAGGCCGGGAAGCCAAAGCGGCAGCUCCAGCCCAGCGCAGCCCGGCGACGACAUGGAAGAUAUACAACCAAAUAUGGAACUGAAAAGCCCUGAGGAGCAGCCAGUACCUGCAGAAAGGCCAGCCGUUUUGAGUGACUACAGUUUAACCAAGCCACAUGAAAUAGAAAACGCGGACAGUGCAGAAGCCCCAAACAAUGAAGAUGAAGAUACAGGAGAUGAUUCGUUGAAAGUAAAAGAUGAAUACAGUGACAGAGAUGAGAAUGUUUUAAAGCCAGAGCCCAUGGGGAAUGCAGAAGAGCCUGAAAUUCCUUACAGCUAUGCAAGAGAAUAUAAUGAAUAUGAAAACAUUAAGUUGGAGAGACAUGUUGUUUCAUAUGAUGGUAGCAGGCCAACCAGUGGAAAGAUGAACUGCGAUGUGUGUGGAUUAUCCUGCAUUAGCUUCAAUGUCUUAAUGGUACAUAAACGGAGCCACACUGGUGAACGCCCGUUCCAGUGUAAUCAGUGUGGGGCAUCUUUUACUCAAAAAGGUAACCUCCUCCGCCACAUUAAGCUGCACACAGGGGAAAAACCUUUUAAGUGUCACCUUUGUAACUACGCCUGCCAAAGGAGAGAUGCUCUCACGGGGCACCUUAGGACACAUUCUGUGGAGAAACCCUACAAAUGUGAGUUCUGUGGAAGGAGUUACAAGCAGAGAAGUUCCCUGGAGGAGCACAAGGAGCGCUGCCGCACAUUUCUUCAGAGCUCUGAUCUGGGGGACGCUGCAAGUGCGGAGGCAAGACACAUCAAAACAGAGAUGGGAAGUGAAAGAGCUCUCGUCCUGGACAGAUUAGCAAGCAAUGUGGCAAAACGAAAAAGCUCAAUGCCUCAGAAAUUCAUUGGUGAGAAGCGCCCGUGCUUUGACGUCAACUACAGUUCCAGCUACCUGUACGAGAAGGAGAAUGAGAUCAUUCAGACCCGAAUGAUGGACCAAGCCAUCAAUAAUGCCAUCAGCUAUCUUGGUGCUGAGGCACUGCGCCCCCUAGUUCAGACCCCACCUGCUCCCACCUCUGAGAUGGUCCCAGUCAUCAGCAGCAUGUAUCCCAUAGCCCUCACCCGGGCUGAGAUGCCAAAUGGUGCCCCCCAGGAGCUGGAAAAAAAGAGCAUCCACCUGCCAGAGAAGAGUCUGCCUUCCGAAAGAGGCCUGUCUCCCAACAAUAGUGGCCCUGACUCCACGGACACUGACAGCAACCACGAAGAACGUCAGAAUCACAUCUAUCAGCAAAGUCACAUGGUCCUUCCCCGGGCCCGCAAUGGGAUGCCACUUCUGAAGGAGGUCCCCCGUUCUUAUGAACUCCUCAAGCCCCCACCAAUUUGCUCAAGAGACUCCAUCAAAGUAAUCAACAAAGAAGGGGAGGUGAUAGAUGUGUUUCGAUGUGACCACUGCCGAGUUCUCUUCCUGGAUUAUGUGAUGUUCACUAUCCACAUGGGGUGCCACGGCUUCCGUGACCCUUUUGAAUGUAACAUGUGUGGAUAUCGCAGCCAUGAUCGAUACGAGUUCUCAUCUCACAUAGCCAGAGGAGAACACAGAGCCAUGCUGAAGUGAGCGGCAGUCUCUGAGAUCCUGCCUGAGGAUACAACACCUGUUUUUUUGGUUUUUUGGUUUUUUGGUUUUUCUGGUGGUGGCGGUACUGAGGUUUGAAUACAGGGCCUUGCACU